AUGGCGCGGAUGGCGCGCACCGCGGCCCAGCGGCGAGCGGGCCGUGAUUGGGCCAGAUGGUCCGCAGACAACGCCAUUAAGAGAAGCUCCAGCGAGCUCAUCGGCACACGCCACCAGCUCCUCCAGUUUCAGCGAGUGCUGGAGCUAUUGAUUGGAGAUCCCGAGGUUGCCGACCGGAUCAGUUGUGUGGUUCCAGUAUUGCAGGCACUUGCGGCUGGACUAAAGCCGGCAGACGUUGAUGUGCUUCGGCGGAAUGUCGCGAUGCAUGCCAAGGCUUCCGGAGUCUCUUUAGCGACGGCCCCGUGGCGUCUCUGA